AUGAAAAAUUUGUUACUUACAAUUUUAGUAAUAAUUUCUAUUAUUAUUUUACAAUCUAUAGAUAUUAAUUCAUUAUCGAUACCAAUUAAAAAUGAACCCCCCUAUCCUGUGGUGAGAGGAACACAAAUUUCUAAAAAUUCUAAUUUAAUUUGUAUCAAUGGACUUAAAAGUGGAACAAAAUGUUUGUGUAAACCUGGAUAUUCAGGUGAAUCUUGUCAAAAUAAAAUGUUUUGUCAAAAUUUUAAUUUAACUCGUGAUGGGUUAUGUGAAAGUUGUAUGGAUAAUUAUGAAGGAGAUUUUUGUGAUACACCAAUUUGUAAACAUGGUAAAACUAAUGUAGGAGAUCAAAAAUGUAUUUGUGAUUCACCAUAUAGUGGUGAAUUUUGUGAUAAAAUCAAUAAAGCUGAUGUUCUUCUUUAUCAUAAUCAAAAAAUGAGAAUGUUUGGACCUAUUGGAUUUUUAGCUCUUAUACCUAUGGCAUUAUUUUAUUACUGUUGUGAGAGAGGUUCUAAAAAAAGGAAACUUCAACGUUAUGCUAAAAUUUUGGAAGGAGAACAAUUUGAUGUUUGUCCAAAAGCGGUGAAAACUAUUCUUGAUGAAAAAUAA